UUUGCAAAAUUCAAAUUUAGAGGAUUACUAAAUCCAAUCAGGGUUAAAUCCUUCUCAAGUCAAACAACCCAAUUGCUUGGAUAAAGUUGACAGCCCCCACCCCUAGUUCUAGUUUCUCUUCCAUGGCUUCCUCCAGUUCAUCUUUCUUUCUGUCCCCUUCGAGGGUCCGAUCGCAAAACCCUAAACCCCUUAAAGAGCACCAUCUUCUCCUCUCUUUCCUUCCAAUACCAAACCCUUCUCGAUUCCCAUUGUCUCGUCGAGCUUCCAGAGGAUACCCUAACUACUCCAAGGAAGCAGUGGCAGUUGUGCCGGACCCUCGCGCUUGGGUAGGCGAUUUCGGCGCUGCGGACCUCGGUGGUGAGCUUGACGAAGACGAUGAUGAAGAGGAGGAAGAGGAUGACAGGAGCUUGGACCUUUUCGCCCGAUUGUUGCAGAACAUGUUCCGGAAAAUCUCCCGGCGAGCUCGAAGGACUGUUCGAUCAGUCUUACCCCCUUCAAUUUCCACCAAAUUGGUGCGAUUUACAGUGAAUGGGGUGUUGAUGUUAGCGUUCUUAUGGCUUCUAAAGGCGUUUCUAGAGGUGGUCUGCAUGAUUGGAAGCAUGGUGUUUGUGAGUAUUCUGCUUGUUCGUGGAAUAUGGUCUGGAGUAUCUUACAUUAAGGAAAACCAAUUCAACUAUAUGUACAGAAUCAACAAAUUUAACAGCAGUAACGAUGCAUGGAAUGGAGUUCAGCCUGUAGGUUAAUGAAUUUUCAAUCGUUUUGUAUGGAUUAAAGGUUUACAUAGCGAAAUAAGCGGAAAAAGGGCAGAAAACGCUGCUGAAGUUUGCAAAUUCUAUGCUGUCUGCAUCAGGAACACAACUUUGUGCUUUUUUUUUUAUGAAAUCCAUAUUGGAAUUCCGCAAUUUGUUGAGAUCUAUUUUUAUAGAUUGGUGAUUUGGUCUGCUUUGGACAUUUUUGGAAUACAGAGAAUUCUCAAACUUUUACAGACUUCACAUAGUGCCCAAUUUGCUUCGUGCACUAAUAAAUUGAAUGGUAAGAACUGUGAUCACUGUUUGCUUUCAGAAUCUGAAGGAACUAGUUGGUGAGUGCAAGAAGUUUGUUAUUUAAUUUGUAUAAUUACAUAUCGGUUUUUGCUGAUAUUGUAACACUACAGGUUUUACAUUAAAAGAAGGGAAAUAUACAUACAUAUGUACAAUUCUUAUGUAAGUCUCCUUUGAUUUGGGAUUUGAUUCCCCCUGAGUGUGGGGUGUGGUACUCAAAUUAUAG